AUGCACCAUAAUAACCAGCCGGUGACCAGCGAUAACCAGCUGCAGGACUCCCACAGCGAUGUGGUCAUGACAGACAUACAGAAUACGGUAGAUGGUGAGGAUAGUGAGGCUGGCGAUGUCACACUACUUCACUUCUGCGAUGAGGAUGUGGAGUUCGUCAUGUUUCUCAGCAGAAAUUUUGAUUUUGGACAGCAUCCUAUAGCGGACAUGUCAGAAUCAGCCCUUCUGGAACUAAAGGAAAAAUAUGAUUGCUAUGCAGCAUCCGUAGAUCAUCUGCCUCACGAGGUCAGUUCGGGUGCUGAGGAGACCCCUGAGCCCUGCCGACCCCCUGAUGAUCCCGCGGAGAGUGGUGUCCCGAAGGAUGUGCCAUGUCUCUGGGUUAACAAGAAAACAAAUCAAACAUGUUGCAAGCUUGUACCAGCAGGUCGGGAAUCGAUGCUAUUGCACCUGAACACGGUGCACAGUGUUCGUGGUCCAGAGAAAUUGGAAAUAGAGUGCAGGUGGGCCGCAUGCGGGGCAAAAUUCCAACGUCGUAAUAUACCCCGUCAUAUUGCGAAGCAUCUGGGUUUUCGCUCGUCCUGCAAACUCUGUAGCAAAGACUUUGCCCGCCAAGAUCUUUUGAAGGAUCAUAUUGAUAAGGAUCACUCCGCCCAAGAAACCAACAGAUGCUGA